UGCUUCCUAAUGGGCAAAACAGCUGGCUUCCCAGGGAAAACAGCUGGCUGAAUCCCAGCCUCCAGAGGACGGAGGCACAGCCUCCUCCUCCUCAGAGUCCUCUGUUGCUAGGGUCCCUAAAAGAUGAAGGGAAACAAGGGUACCGGGAGAGGAGAAAAGUGUGGAAACCCAAGAGAUCUCGGGGCAGGGUCAGUGGAGAUUUCUGGAACAGGUGCCCAGAUGUUCCAGGCCCUGGUAGUAGCAUGAAUCUGUCGGGGAUUCCAGGGUGUUGGUCUCACUUCAGGCAGGGAGGAGAUGGAGUUAGUGGACUCUGCCUCCACCCUGCCUUGGGUCCUCCCCAGGGCAGAACAGAACAGAAUUCUAGCUGCCAUCUCUUCAUCAGAUCCAAGCCACUCUGAAUUGGCUGGGAUGCUUCUGCUGAAGCUUCUGGGGAUGAGAGGGAGCCUAAAACUGAUCCUCGGGCUGAUCGUGGGUCCCCUUGUCUAAGAGAAAAUUGGAGGAGACCAAGGAGAUAAGAAAGGCCCCGGGGAGGGAAGAAGAGGAUAACAGAGAAGGAGGGAGGAAGAGACAACUGCCUGGGCUUCAGGCAAGCAAAAUCACCUCAGCUGGUCUUUGCCUAACCCAUCAAAAUUCAACAGGGAAUCGACAUAAAGCCAUGGAAGCAGGAUCAUUGGAACAAGCAACUGAAAACCAGAAGUGCUGGGCCCACUACCACCUCCCUAAAGCCUUAGAUCUUAUGACUGGGAGCUGCAAUGAGGAGAGAGAAGAAAGGGUGGAGAUGGAAUUAACAGGACCUGGUGAAUGUGUGAGAGUUUGAAGUGCUGGUGGGACAUCAAUGUCAGUAUGUCCUUAUCCUCGGGGGAGACGCUGGCCUGUAAUUCAGAAGAGCCACCAUGAGAAAGAGAACACAGCACCCUGGACAUCGCUAUCCGACCUGAGCACUAAAGACUUUUUGAUGGAGAAUUGGAAGAAUAAAAAGGUGUGCCACAGACCAUAAUGUGGACAAUACGACAGAGAUGCUUCAGGAGUGGUUGGCUGCUGUGGGCAAGGACUAUGCUGAAGUGGUGUGGCGACCUGAAGGGGAGCCAAGGUUGUACCCAGAUGAAGAGAGCCCCAAACAGUGGACCAAGGAACGCCACCAGUUCCUCAUGGAGCUAAAACAAGAAGCCCUGGACUUUGCCCGAGCUUGGGGAGCGGACUAUAUCUUGUUUGCAGACACUGACAACAUCCUGACCAACAACCAAACCCUGAAGUUCCUGGUUGGGAAGGGUCUACCAGUGGUGGCACCUAUGCUAGACUCACAGACUUACUACUCCAACUUCUGGUGUGGGAUCACCCCGCAGGGCUAUUACCGGCGUACAUCAGAUUACUUCCCUACCAAGAAUCGACAGCGUCAGGGCUGUUUCCAAGUGCCCAUGGUACAUUCUACUUUUCUGUUGGCCCUUCGGGGCAAGGGAGUUGACCAACUGGCCUUCUAUCCCCCACAUCCCAACUAUACGUGGCCCUUUGAUGACAUUAUCGUCUUUGCCUAUUCUUGCCAGGCUACAGGUGUCUCAGUUCACAUUUGCAACCAGCAUCGUUUCGGGUAUAUGAAUGUCCCAGUCAAAUCACACCAAACACUGGAGGAUGAGAAAGUCAACUUUGUCCAUCUGAUCUUGGAAGCCCUGGUGGAUGGCCCUCCUAUGCAGCCUUCAGCCCAUGUGUUCCUGCCCCCGAAAAGGCCCAACAAGAUGGGGUUUGAUGAGGUUUUUGUCAUCAGCCUAGCCCGUCGGCCUGAACGCCGAGAACGGAUGCUAAGCUCCCUGUGGGAGAUGGAGAUUGCUGGACGGGUACUAGAAGCUGUGGAUGGCAGUGCACUCAACAGCAGCACCAUCAAAAGCCUGGGUGUGGACCUUCUACCCGGCUACUAUGACCCCUACUCUGGCCGCACGCUGACCAAAGGAGAGGUGGGCUGCUUCCUCAGCCACUACUCCAUCUGGGAGGAGAUGGUCACUCGGGGCCUGGAACGGGUCAUGGUGUUUGAGGACGAUGUGCGCUUCGAGGCCAGCUUCAGGCAGCGGCUGGAGCGGCUGAUGGAGGAGGUGUCUCAGGAGCAGCUGCAUUGGGAGCUGAUUUAUCUAGGGCGCAAGCAAGUUACCUGGGAGGAGGAGCCAGCUGUAGAAGGAGUGCGCCACCUUGUGGUGGCCAACUAUUCCUACUGGACUUUGGCCUACACUCUGUCCCUAAGCGGGGCUCGUAAGCUGCUGGAGGCCCAGCCUCUGGGCAGGAUGCUGCCUGUGGAUGAGUUCCUGCCCAUCAUGUAUGACCGGCACCCAAAUGAAGACUACAAGAAGCACUUCUCUCCCCGGGACCUACGAGCCUUUGCUGUGAGGCCGCUGCUCGCUUUCCCCACCCACUAUGCAGGGGAUGCUCAGUGGCUGAGCGACACAGAGACAUCCACCAUCUGGGAUGAUGACACUCGGGCCACUGGGUGGAGCGGCUCUCGAAAGACCCUGAGGGACCCGAGGCUGGACAGGGUGGGCAGCAGCGGACACAGCUUCCAUUCCACUUCUCACGAUGAGCUCUAGUGCUGAGGGGGUUUGUCUAUGGAUCAAUGAAUGAGCCUCCACAAGCAGAGGAGACACAAGCAUCUCCAGCCAGGAGCCAGGAGGAGCUGGAAGAAACUGGGGGUUCCCUAGGUCCAGUGGAGAGAUUGCUGCUGUUCAUUUUGGUGUUUCCUUUUUUGAGUCAAAAUCAGGGCUGUUACCACUGUGAUUCCCCAUCCCUCUUCCCCAAAGCAACAGCAAACCAUUCUCCCUCUCCCCAAAGGUGCUAAGGCAAGGGAACUACUAGCCAGUUGGUGGCUCAUUUUUCACUGAGGGUAGGCAGGAACCGAGGCCCCAAGAAUCUCUCUUUCAAGGUCACAGACACAUUACUUUCGUCUCAAUGCUCUAGUAUCUCCCCAAUGGUAUAUGCAUAUGGAAGGACAGGGGAGACCCUGGACUUCUUAGCUGAUCUGCUAGAACCUAGAGCUGUCCGCUUUACCCCUCUCACCUUACCUCCAGCCUGUAUCCUUCUUCCCCUGAAGUUAGGGCUGAGGAAAUGGAUUUGGAAAUCUCCCACAGGCUGAGGGGGAGAAUACAGAAGAAACAAGGAUUGGGAAUCUGGGGUUGGCAACUGGGCUCCCCAUCACCACUAGGCAGCAAGAUGAAACACUCACUGAUUCCAUAGCUCCGGAUCAGGAGGUUAUUAGCAGUAGCAAAACUGAAUGACUUCUUUGCAGCUAUCUGAUGAUACCAACAAACGGCCUGGGAAACCCUCUCCACCCCCUUUCUUUAGCUCUUUCUGGAGGCUGUUGCUGACACAGGAUGAGUUAGGUGUUUAGAGGACCAAUCCCAGGAAGAUAGAGCAGGAUCCAGCCCAGAACUGGUGCCUUGCGAUAAAUAAAUGGUUUGCACUUAAACUUUGCCCUUGCCUCAUCACAUGUAAAUCUGAUCUUUGAUUCUAAAGGAAGAGUAAUAGUGGUUAACUGUUUAACAGAUGAGAAAAUCAAGGCCUAGUGAAGUCAUGGACACUCAAGAGUUGGUAGCAAAGCUAGAACUAGAACCCAGGUGCCCUGAACCUCUGCCCUAGGCCCUUUCCAUAUAUCAAGCUAUAGCCACUUGUGCAGACUAGCCUAGAUUAGGUAUGGCCCAAGAUAAGCCAGUGCUUGCCCUUGGGGAAGUUACAGACUAAAGCAGUGUGGGGAUUUCAUUGCACCAGCCCAGAAACUCCCUGGUCAGCCAUCCUCCCAACAAACAAUGGCUUUUUUUAAAGUUGGGGAAGGGGGGCAGCUAGGUGGCGCAGUGCAUAAAGCACUGGCCCUGGAUUCAGGAGGACCUGAGUUCAAAUGUGGCCUCAGACACUUGACAUUUACUAGCUGUGUGACCCUUGGCAAGUCACUUAACCCCCUUUGCCUUGCCAAAAACAAAACAAAACAAAAAAAAGUUGGGGAAGCAUCAUUUGCUCAUUUGGCCAAGGAGAGAGAAGGAGGCAAGGGGUGGUCUCUGGCACCAUCUAGUGGUGCUAGGUGUGUAUGACACUUGCCCCUGAAAGGCAAGAGAAUUUUGGGAUGCUACUGAAGCCAGAAGGUACCUUGGAGGCCACUAGUACCAGACCCUAGUUUUACAGAGAGAGGAAAACUGAGGAAGAGAAAGCAAGACAUUUGCCCAAUGUCAUACAUCAAGGUAGUAGCAGGGUGGAACACAGUAACUUUUUUUGCUAAUCCAGAAAUAAGCAUCAUGACCACUCCAACCUAAACCCCAAAUCCUCUCUGAAUACUGGUUGUGUGACUAAGGAGGCCGGGAAGCUCUCCUGCCCUGAUUUGUCCAGCUCUGUGGAAAAGGAGAGAAGUGGGGCAUCCAGCACUGAGACCAUGGUUAUUUGCCCAUAAGAGCUCCCUCAGAGACAAAUGGGGAGGGAGUUGCUGUGCAUGACUCCUCCUCCCAUCACCUGCAAGAUUCAAGCUCGGUCACACGGGGUAUGAGAGACCUUCUAUCCUAUAGUACGUCAUAUGUUGCUCUGUGGUUUAGGGGUAUGGGAAAGGGCAGGUUGAGUCAGUGACCAGCCAGGUUCCAGGGAGAAAUGCUCCCUUAUCCCAGGACCAGUAACUGAUUCUCAUGGAAAUCUGCAUAAGACCUGCCUAGAGCAUCACAUAUACCCAACCUUUAGAACUCUUUCCUCCCUUGCAUCCCUCCAAGGGUCAAAACCCUUGGUGGGGAACUCUGGGGUGCAAUUCUGCCUUUUGAAAGGGUAACUAAGGUCACAUUACUGUAGUUAAGGGAUCAAAACUUGCUGCCAUUCUGUGGGAAUAUUCAAUAUUGCAGCCUAGAGGUAGGUAAGAGUCAUAUUCUCUUUAUUUUUAUUUUUUGGGGGGUGCAAUGAGGGUUAAGUGACUUGCCCAGGGUCACACAGCUAGUAAGUGUCAAGUA